AUGCUCAAGAUGUUGAAAGGGCAGAAUGUCAAUGUAACUAAUGAUGGAGCAUUUAUUCUCAAGAACCUGAUGAUUGACAGCCCAUCGGCUAGAAUACUGAUUGAUUCAAGUACUGGGCAGGAUUGGGAGGAAGGAGAUGGAACCACAUCUGUUGCGAUUCUAGCAAGCUUGCUUGUGAAGGAGGCCAGUAAACUAGAGAUACACCCAACAAGGAUUCUCAAAGGAUAUAGAAUGGCGCAAGCAAAAUGUGAGGAGACGUUGAAGAGUAUCAGCUUCAAGCCUAGUAAGGAGGAUUUGAUCAAGCUUGCCAGAACUACCUUAUGCUCAAAGGUUCUGAAGUAUGAUUUGGAGAAGUUCUGUGACAUUUGUAUCAGUGCUAUUGAGAAUCUUGGGGGAAGGAACGAUUUGAAUCUUGUACAAAUCAUCAAAUGCUCUGGAAAGCUUGAGGAUUCAUAUCUUGAUGAUGGGUUCCUUCUAAAAAAGGACAUUAGAAUAGAAGAGAUGAACGAUCCAAAGAUACUGAUAGCCAAUACCAGCAUGGAUCAGGAUAAGAUCAAAAUAUUCGGUGCAAAGAUUAAUGUCUCCUCUGUCAAUGAGCUAGAGGAGAUGGAGAGAAUGGAGAAGGCCAAGAUCCGGGAGAAAGUUGAGCGUAUUUCUCAGAAUGGAGUUAACAUGUUUAUCAAUAGACAGCUGAUAUAUGAUCAUCCUCUUCAGCUCUUGAAAAUAAAAGGGAUUCAAGCUAUCGAGCAUGCAGACUUUGAUGGGGUUGAAAGGCUUUCUAAUGUGCUUGGAGGGAAGAUCCUGAGUACUUUUGAUAAUAUAGAUGAAUCUUCUUAUGGUACAUGUAAGAAUGUGAAGAAUGUCUAUGUUGGAAAUGAGAGGGUAAUAAAGUUCAGUGGAGUAAGGAACGGAGCAAGCACUGUUGUACUAUGUGGGUCAUCAAAAGAGAUAUUAGAUGAAGCAGAAAGAAGUAUUCAUGAUGCACUAUGUGUUCUGUCAAGAAUAAAAGAAGAUCCGCGCGUUGUUUAUGGAGGAGGGUCGAGUGAGAUGGCGAUGGCUGUUGCACUGAACGAUUAUGCUAUGGAGGUUUCGGGGGUCGAGAGCGAGGCCAUUCUGGCAUUUUCAAAUGCCUUACAGCAGAUUCCAAAGAUACUUGCAGACAAUGGAGGAUAUAAUGGAGAGGAGAUAAAGGCAAGUCUAAGAGCAAAACAUAAUUCUGAGAAAGUAAGCCAUGGAGUAAAUGUGAAGAGUGGAGGCAUAAGUUGUAUGAAAGAAGCCGGGGUGAUUGAUAGCUUUAGGAUCAAGCACCGUGUUAUCACAGCGGCAUCUGAAGCUGCACAAAUGAUAAUUAAGUGUGAUGCAAUUGUCAAAUGCAGGCCCAGAGAAAGAACAAGAGAAUAA